AUGAACGCCAUUCGAUCUCUCCCCCUCAUCAACCGCCCGUCCCGCACUGUGACGCCUACAGCUACUGUUCAGGCCACUGGUCCAGCUGCUGUACAGCCGCUCGGUCCGCCCCCGGUCCCCGAGCCUCGUGCGCACCACACUCCCCACCCCUCCAGCAACACCGCGAUCCCUACUCCGACGGUGGCCCCCCGCUCCCAGUCGAUGGGACCUAUCACUCGCAAGGCCAGCCCUCCCAGCAGUCGGUCGGCGACUCCGCGGAUCGGCGGCACAGCCACUCCCCACAGUUCAGGGAUGGACGGCCCUCAGGCAGGCGCCCACGUUGACGCCAUUGGCCUUCGCUUCAACGACGCCGUAAAUCGCGCACUGACUGGCGUCGAUUCCAAGACCAAGAAGGGCUUCCGCAAGGGUGCGGGCUGGACUGUUGGCGAGAGCGUUGCUCAUGAACUCGGCAACACGGCGCCGACGGACACGUACCUGCUUCGCGCGAUCCUUCGUAAUGCCGUGCGGGCGCUCUCGAUCUAUGCUUCUCGACUCGAUGCGCUCCUGCUGCCGGCAUUUUCGGACCCACAGUUCUCGGCUCCGCUCAACCUGAUCCCGACCCACAACCACGCAUCGCCACUUAACUCCACCCAGGCCUAUGCAGUGUCGGUGGCGCAUGCCGCGUGGGAGACAUGCGAGAGGAUUGAGCAGAUGCUUGACCUCGGGCAGUACCCCCGCUUCCUCGAGGACGGCCUUCGGCCCACUCUGGACAAGUUCGACACUGUUGUCGGCAAAGUUGUCCGCCCGAUUUUCCUCCAGCUCAAGGUCGACCUCGAGGCCAGUGUCAGCAACACGGGCGGCGGUGCCCCCAAGACGUCGGCUGGCUCGAUGACCGUGCCCGCUGCUGUCAACGGUGCGCCUCUGACGCGUGAGAAGAGCAACACAGGCCUCCCUCGCCUCGCAAGGGAGAGCUCGGGCGGUGGCUACUCCCGUGCUCUCGCCGUACCCGCAAACCUCCAGCAGUUCGCCAGCCGUGUCGACGGUGCGCGCAAGGUCUUCGAGACCGUUGCUGCGCCUUGCGGCCAUGAUGGGGAGGGAUGGAUUGUCAAGGUCAUGGUUGCCGUUGUGUGGCGCGGCAUGCGCGUCAUCAUGGAGGCUGACCACACCCCCAACCGCUCGCCGAGCCCGGGCACUGUGCACAAGGCGCUGUCGGGCCUCGGCAAGGAGGCGACGCCAACUGUGGCCCAGUCACCCUCGCUUGCCAAGAUCACUUCGCUCUCGAUUCUCACGCCCCGUGGCGCGGGCUCGCGUCCUCCUUCCCCUCCACGCACUGCUUCGCAGUUCGACCCGGCUACUCACUCGCUCAUGUCGUUCGAGGGUUUGGUCAAGCGCCUUGUGAAUGGCCUCGUCCAGCCGCCCACCGCGCCUCCUUCGUCGGCGGACACGGACGACCAGGAGCAGGAGCACAUUGCGCGCGAAGCCCUGCACGAGGCCCUUGAGGCUUUGGAAUCGGCCACCAUUGCGACUGCCGCCUCGCACGGUGACAACGCGUCGGCCCGCAUUCUUGCUUCUGUUCGCCGUCUGCGCGACGACAUUGAUGACGAUGCGGACGAGAAGCUCGACGACGCGCUCGAGGACCUUCCGUCUGUCCAGCUGUUCAACCUCAUCCAGCGCCGCGCGAACGUUGCGCUCGCAGCACUUCCUACCAACCCUCCUCUCCGCCUCCGUGAGGUGACUGAGAUUUGGGGCUGGACCCAGGCCGAGUACGAGCGUCAGAUUCUCUCGGGCUUUGGACCGGCUGAGGAGAACGGCCCCCUUGUUGCGGAUGCUCACAAGCCCGAGAUCGAGAGCAUGCUUGGUUCGCUCGCGACCCUGCCCGUGGACGACAACGCAUCCAAGAUCGCGGUCAUGACAGCGACCGAGUGGGUCCGCGCCCUCGGUGUUGCCCUCGAGGCACGUUGCGACGUUAAGGUUGCGCGAGCUUAG